UCUGCUCCGUGAGGGCGGGGGGAAGUGACGUCGUCGGCUUCGUAUUUAACGGAAGUGACGUCGCGUAACCCUUCAGGUCGCGGCCUGGCGGGAGAGCUGAGGGUGACGCCGCUGCCAUUGGAUGUUUGUUUGCUGAGCAGCGUGUCGCCGUCAUCGCCAUCAGCACCACCACCCCGGCAGGGAACAGUCGCCGCCAUGAACGUGUCCAAGGCCGACUGCAUGCUCUUCUCGGCCAACUCGAACCCCGCCUGCGUGGAGCUGGCCCGCAAGAUAGCCGAGCGUCUGAGCACUGAUCUGGGAAAAGCUCAGGUCUACCAGGAGCCAAACAGAGAGACGAGAGUGCACAUCCAGCAGUCCGUGCGAGGAAAGGAUGUGUUCAUUAUUCAGACGUGCCCAAGGGAUGUGAACACAGCGGUGAUGGAGUUGCUGAUCAUGACGUAUGCGUGCAAGACGUCGGCAGCGCGCAACAUUAUUGGCGUAGUGCCCUACUUCCCUUACAGCAAGCAUUCCAAAAUGCGCAAACGCGGCUCCAUAGUCUGCAAGCUGCUCGCAUCCAUGCUGUGCAAAGCAGGCAUGACACAUCUGAUCACAAUGGACUUGCACCAGAAGGAGAUACAAGGCUUCUUUAACAUCCCAGUGGAUAACCUGAGGGCAUCACCUUUUCUGAUUCAGUACAUACAGGAUGAGAUUCCAGACUACAGAAAUGCUGUUAUUGUGGCAAAGUCGCCUUCUUCUGCCAAAAGGGCUCAGUCGUUUGCAGAGCGGCUGCGUCUCGCCAUGGCCGUGAUCCACGGGGAGGCGCAGGAUGCCGAGUCAGACAUGGACGACGGGCGGCACUCGCCACCGCCCAUUGUCAUGAAGAACUCGAGCUCUGCCAUCCACCCCGUCUUGGAGCUUCCGCGAAAACCGUCAAGUUCAUACCCAGGACUAGAGCUGCCAAUAAUGAUGCCCAAGGAGAAGCCACCCAUUACGGUUGUGGGAGAUGUUGGUGGAAGAAUUGCAAUUAUUGUGGACGACAUAAUUGAUGAUGUGCACAGCUUCGUGAUGGCUGCCGAGACCCUGAAGGAACGGGGUGCCUACAAGAUCUACGUAAUGGCCACUCACGGCCUGCUCUCGUCGGACGCUCCUCGGCUCAUUGAAGAAUCUCCCAUUCACGAGGUGGUGGUGACCAACACCAUCCCACACGAGGUGCAAAAGCUGCAGUGCCACAAGAUCAAAACGGUGGAUAUCAGCAUGAUCGUGUCCGAGGCCAUCCGUCGCAUCCACAACGGCGAGUCCAUGUCCUACCUCUUCCGCAACAUUGGCGUCGAUGACUAGGCGCACCGCGGUGGAGCGACCUGCUGGGCCUCUAUCCACCUGCCUUGAAUGCUUGCAAUGUCAUUGAAGUUGCAUCCAUGCCCUCUGGGAGAUGGCUGAAUGGGUGAUCAUUUCUUUGGUUUGUGCUUGGUGGUCCCCGACUCAAGUGUGCGCUAUUUUCCAAGGUUCUUCCUUUUAUUUUCUAGUUUCCAGCAUUCUUUUGCUGCCUUGAUUUGUAAACCCAUGCUGUAGGUUCCAUGUGUGCACAGCAUUUAAUGCUGCUUUUCACGUUUUGGCAGAUCAAUCACCACAGUUCUCUCCUUCUUCCGGAUUGGGACAGCAGGGCAUACACUAAACCCUGGGAGCAUCUUGUUCACCACAGCUUAGCAGUCUUGAGAACACUUCAUGUCCAAUACACCUGCUACAACUUAAAAGUUGCUUGUCUUGUAUUUAGAAGUGGAGCUUUUAUCUGUGAUUAUCUGGUGGACCAUAAAGGCUGGCAGGGUGCACUUAUUGUAUGCCAUUACAUUUUUGCCAUGGGAAUAUUAAAUGAGAUAAUAAUGUACUCAACAGAAAUGGCCUACUAGUUUGUCACAGACGUUUUUAGUUUUAAAGUGGAGAUUCUGAAUGCUGUGUAGUUUUGACAUGAAGAUAAAUGAACAAAACCGUGUUUUACAACUCAGCACUUGUGGGCAUUAUAAGGGAAAGUUUGAUACAAAAUUACGAAUUCCUUACCUUAUUGCAAUUGUGUUCACAUGGUAACAUUUACGCUGGAUAACAUUCUUGUUGUAAUGUGUGAAGGAUAUCCACAUUCCUGCCCCUUCUCUUUUACAGUUGAAAUAAUUUUUCCACUUAUCAUAUAUGAACUGUAGGUGUCAUUGCUUUUUCAUGAUUAAAUAUGUACAAAGCUCAGCAUCACGUAGUAUUGUUUCUUUUGUUAAUUGAAAUGUAUGCAACAAGCAUGUGAAAGUGUCUGAUGUGAUGUCAAUAAAACAUUUCCCCAAACA